AUGUCCACACAACACAUCAAAUCACAGAGCCCAGCUGCCUCGCAGCCUGGCGCCGUUGAUCCGCUCGUCGACUCCAUGCUGGACCUGUCUGGCUACGACGACACCGUCGCCCAGUACCACUCGCACUCACACUCGCACUCGCCCUCGCUGUCGCCCGCCGCCUCCAAGAACCUCACCCCCUUCGCCAGGCCCGUUCCGGCCACCGUCCAGACCACACAGGGCUCGCUGCUCUCCGCCUCAUCGGCCCAGCCUCUCACCGGCCCAAGCCACCAGUACGACCUCUACAAGCAGCAGACCGGCAUCGUCCCCGGCGCCCUGGCCAACACCCUGCAGGUCAACCAGAACAACGCCCAGAUCGCCUCCGGCUACCAGCAGUUCGACAUCGACGCUUACUUCGCAAAUAUGAACGACGGCUUCGACUUCAACGCCUCCCCGGCCCAGGCAACCAUGGACGUGGACUUUGAUUCGCCCUCUGCCGCCGACCAGAGCCUCUUCUUCGGCGAGUCGACAGUCAACCCCAACGCCAUCGGCGGACACGAGGACCACGGCCUGCCUUCGCCUCCGGGAGUGCCCAACCAGAGCAACGUCGGUCGCGUCUGGCCCGGCAUGCACCAGCAAGCCGCCCUGGCCAAGGCCCAGGCCCAGCAGAGGCAGCAGCAGCAAAUCAUCGCACAACAGCAACAGCAGCGUGCUACCCAGCAGUCCAGGGCAACAGCGCCCCAAGGGUGCAACGCGCCACUGAUGAACCUCCCCCGCGCCAGGAAGGACGAGGACGACAUGGACGAGGAUGAGAGGCUGGCAAGCGAGGAGGGCAAGAAGCUGAGUAGCAAGGAGCGACGCCAGCUGCGCAACAAGGUCUCCGCCCGCGCCUUCAGGUCCAGGAGAAAGGAAUACAUCACCCAGCUUGAAAGCGAGAUAGCAGGCAAGGUAACUGAGAACGGUGACCUGCGAGCUCAGAACCGGGCCCUGAUCGACGAGAAUAAGCGCCUGUCAGAUCUGACCCGCAUGCUUCUCUCGUCACCCUCCUUCUCGGACUUUCUUGAGCGACUCAGCACAAACCCCGCCCCUGCGUCCCAGCCGGCCCCUCAGGUUGACCAGAGGCAAGACGCCCGCCAAGCCCCAAAGGAUGUGAACCCUUACGCUGCCCACCAGCAGGUCCAGCGCCAACAAAUCGGCCUUGCCAUGCUCCCGGAGCAGAACAUGGACUUUGCCAUGGUCGGAGUUGACGCCGAUGCCUACAGCUACCAGCCCCAGGUUUACGCUGUUCUCGAGACCCCUGAGCCGCUCAUUGACGCAUCUGUUCUUGCCGGCAAGUCGACCAACUUUGUCGGCGAGACGUUUGAGUCCGAGCACGACGAGAAGGUUGAGAUGCCCGUCAUCGAGCGCCCAAUGGCAGUCGAGGAGAAACUUAGCGCACCAAAGGCUCCCGAGUCGCCGGUCGUCGUGGACGAGCAAUUCGAAAAUGACCCUGAUUUCGCGCUCUACCAUGGCUCUUCGGCCACAGUGAGCUCCGAGGAGAAGACGGUGGCCGAGCUCGACUUGGGCGGCCUCGUGCAACAUGACCUCUUCGGCGGCGUCGAGUCUGAGAAGAUGCUCGCCCGCUAUGAGCUUGUUGACGCGACCGAGGAGGAGGAGGCUGCUGCUCGCGCCAUGGCUCGUUUCCAGAGGCUGUCAGACAGCAUGGAACACGUUUGCGCGAGGCUUGAACUGCUCACAGCCGACACAUGA